GUAAUGGAGCACUGCAUCAGACAGAACAAUGCUGUGGACAUCUACCAGGAGUACCUGGAGGAGGAGGAGGAGGUGGGGGGAAGUCAGGAGCCGCCAUCCGCCAAGACCAUCAAUGUUUUUAGAGAUCCUAAUGAGGUGAAACGUACCAUCACUGGUCUGUCUUGGCAUCCAGACAGCGGCAGAAAGCUGGCGGCUGCCUAUUCCUGCCUCGAGUUCCAGAAAACCUCCAAAGACAUGAGCCUGGACUCCUACAUCUGGGACAUUGAGAAUCCAAACAGACCAGAGAUGACACUCAAGCCAACAUCGCCCCUCAUCUGUCUGGACUAUAAUCCCAAAGAUUCACACACUCUGCUGGGCGGCAGCUUCAAUGGGCAGAUCGUGUACUGGGACACCCGGAGAGGUGGCCAGCCGGUGGAGUUUUCCUCUGUGGAGCAGAGUCACAGGGACCCAGUCUAUAAAAUCGUCUGGCUGCAGUCCAAGACCGGAACUGACGCAUUCUCUGCCUCCACGGAUGGACAGGUUCUGUGGUGGGAUGUUCGCAAGUUGAGCGAGCCAACAGAGCGUCUGGUUCUGGACCUCGGCAGGGAAGGGAACCUAAAUCGGGCUUUAGGAGCCAUCUCACUGGAGUUUGAAGCCACCAUGCCGACUAAGUUCAUGGUGGGGACAGAGCAGGGCGUUGUCGUCUCCUGUAACAGGAAGGCAAAGACACCGGCUGAGAAAAUUGUUUGUACGUACGAUGGUCACCACGGACCCAUCUAUGCCCUCCAGAGGAAUCCUUUCUUUCCCAAAAACUUCCUCACCGUGGGGGACUGGACGGCCCGAAUCUGGUCUGAGGACAUCAAGGAAUCAUCAAUCAUGUGGACCAAAUAUCAGAUGUCAUUCCUGACAGACGCCUGCUGGAGUCCAGUCAGACCCUCUGUCUUCUUCACAGUAAAGAUGGACGGUGUCUUGGAUGUCUGGGACAUCCUAUUCAAACAGAACGACCCCACGCUCAGUCUCAAGGUGUGUGACCAGGCUCUGAACAGCCUUUGCAUUCAGGAUAACGGGCGUUUGGUAGCGUGUGGUUCUCAGCAUGGUGAGGCCACGCUGCUGGAAAUCUGCUCUGGACUGUCGACGCUCCAGAAGAAUGAGAAGAAUCUGCUGGCUGCUAUGUUUGAGCGCGAGACAAAGCGAGAGAAGAUUCUGGAGGCUCGACAGAGAGAGAUUCGUCUGAAGGAGAGGAGUCGAUCAGAGCAGAGCAAAGAGGAGGAAGGAGGUCAGGAGGAGGGAGAGGAGAGUCCUGAUCAGCUGAUCCUCAGAGCCGAGAAUGACUUUUCCAGCAUGGUGGAGAUGGAGCAGAGGAGGAGGAGGGAGAGGGAGCAGGAAUCAAACCAGGAGAAAGACGUCUGUGAAGAACAAGAAGUGAACGACGAACAGAAACUUGAUAUAAACAUGAAGUGAAUGAUGACUUGAAAGGUUUCACCUCUUUGAAAUAUUCAGAGACUGAAUUUUGUUUGAUCCAACGAGGAAACGUUUCACGGGAAAAGAUUUCCAGAAGACACGAGGACGAGAUCAAAGAGAUGAAACCAACAGUGUUGUGAUCUCACGCCCUCGGGAUUAGAGGGAGUUUGUUCCCGUGGCUAUGGUAACGUCUGAUAACAGGUAGCGUUUCAGUUUGUAAUCUCAGAAUUUAUUCUACAGACUUUUUGUUUCCUGAGAAAUGUUCAGGUCUUUGUUCUACGUCCUGUGAUCAAAUUAUGAUUUCUAAUAAAAAACGUUUCUCACA